AUGAUUUUCAAAAGAUUCAAUUCCGGCUCUGUUGCCGGCAUUUUAAAGAAAACAGCGCUGUAUGAUCUACAUGUCAAAGCUGGUGGUAGCAUGGUUCCAUAUGCUGGCUAUGCCAUGCCAGUGAAAUACUCGCAACAAACUCAUAUCGAAUCUCACAAUUGGACUCGUUCUCACGCCGGACUUUUCGAUGUUUCCCACAUGCUGCAGAGUACAUUGAAAGGCACAGAAUCUACACAAUUUUUACACAAAAUUACGCCAACGGAUUUUGAAAACUUGCCCAUCGGUCAGGGCACGCUUUCUGUCUUACUCAACGCCAAGGGCGGUGUUGUGGAUGAUACUUUAAUCACGAAAGUGGGCGAAAACGAAUUCUCGAUUGUCACCAACGCAGGGUGCAUUGACCAAGAUGUGGCCUUUUUAAAGUCACAGAUCGAAGGGUUUGACUGUCAGUGGGAGCCCGUUCGCGACAGAGCGCUUCUAGCGCUACAGGGUCCUCAGGCGAAAGACGUGCUGGGCGCGAUUGUGGCCGGGGGUCCAGAUUCACUCAAGGAUCUGUUUUUCGGCCAGCGUAGACAGUACACAGUGGAAUCUGGCGGCUUUGGAAUGGAUGUGGCUCGUUCUGGGUACACCGGCGAGGACGGCUUUGAAAUCUCCGUCGCCAACGACAAUGCUCUAAACCUGGCCACUCAGCUAUUGUCCAACCCGGCAGUGCGGCCCAUUGGGCUUGCCGCUAGAGACAGUUUGCGGCUGGAAGCCGGAAUGUGUCUAUAUGGCCACGAACUGGACGAGACCAUAACACCCGUGGAGGCGUCCCUCACGUGGCUGGUGUCGAAGAGUCGUAGAGAUGGGACCUCGUGUGUGGGUCCUAAAUUCAACGGUUACAGCCACAUUAUGGAUCAAAUUAACCACAAAUCGGCCACCAAAGCUCGUGUUGGGUUCAGAUACACGGGACGUGGACCUGCCGCACGCCAGGGUGCCGAACUCUUCUCUGCUGACGGCGACAAGGUUGUGGGCGUUGUUUCGUCCGGCAGUGCUUCUCCCUCCUUGGGAGGAAUCAACAUCGGACAGGCUUAUGUGGACAAAGCCUAUCGCAAGACUGGCACCGAACUGCAGGUGAGUGUGCGUGGCAAGAGGUUCCCCGUCAAAAUCGCACGCAUGCCCCUGGUGCCUAGUCACUUUUACCGGCCCGAGUGA